AGAGCAGUGUGGGAGCUUGGUUGGCGAGUCUAUAAAUUGCACCAUGCGUGCUGCAUUUUUUUCUCACAGCCAGCAUUCGCAAUCUAGACUAACAGGAAGCAAAAGAGUAGCCAGAUAGUUGUGGCUUGCGAAAGAGUUUGAGAGCUAGAAAUGGCACCGGCUUCGUCGUUCCCGACCAUCAACAUGGCGUUGCUCGGCGGUGAGCAGAGGCCGGCGGCCAUGGAGCUGCUGCGUGACGCGUGCGAGAACUGGGGCUUCUUUCAGAUUCUGAACCACGGCAUCUCGACGGAGCUGAUGGACGAGGUGGAGAAGCUGACCAAGGACCACUACAAGCGGGUGCGGGAGCAGAGGUUCCUCGAGUUCGCGAGCAGGGCGCUCAAGGACGGCUGCGACGCGCAGGGCGUCAAGGCGGAUGACCUGGACUGGGAGAGCACCUUCUUCGUCCGCCACCUCCCGGAGUCCAACAUCGCCGAGAUUGCCGACCUCGACGACGAGUACAGGCGCGCGAUGAAGCGUUUCGCCGGCGAGCUGGAGACGCUGGCGGAGCGGCUGCUGGACCUGCUGUGCGAGAACCUGGGCCUGGAGAAGGGGUACCUCGCGCGGGCCUUCCGCGGGCCCAGGGGCGCCCCGACGUUCGGCACCAAGGUCAGCAGCUACCCGCCGUGCCCGCGCCCGGACCUCGUGAAGGGCCUGCGCGCCCACACCGACGCCGGCGGCAUCAUCCUGCUGUUCCAGGACGACCGCGUGGGCGGGCUCCAGCUGCUCAAGGACGGCGAGUGGGUGGACGUGCCGCCCAUGCGCCACUCCAUCGUGGUCAACCUGGGCGACCAGCUGGAGGUGAUCACCAACGGCAGGUACAAGAGCGUGAUGCACCGGGUGGUGGCGCAGGCCGACGGGAACAGGAUGUCCAUCGCUUCGUUCUACAACCCGGGCGGCGACGCGGUCAUCUACCCCGCGCCGGCGCUGGUGAAGGCCGAGGAGGCCGCGGGGGCGUACCCCAGGUUCGUGUUCGAGGAUUACAUGGCGCUGUACGUGCGGCACAAGUUCGAGGCCAAGGAGCCCCGGUUCGAGGCCUUCAAGUCCAUGGAGACCGAGAGCUCCAUACGCAUCGCCAUCGCGUAACAACUGGCCGGGCAGGCAUGCGCCUAGCACCCAAUCCUGGUUUCCAACUUUCGAUUUGUGACGGUAGCACACGGGAUGCUCGCUGAUGUACGUGUACCCUACAGGCUACUCUGCACUUCCACUGUGGUAGUACACUGAAUAAACGGGCCAGGUAGGCCUAUCUAUCUAGGGUAUGUAUGUAUGAUGUAAUGUAGUAUCUCGCGACCAGCGUGUGUUGUACUUGUGCCCGUUAUGGCUUUUCCCAUAGUGAGCGGCUGAGCUCCGUGGUGUCUGUAUUUUCGAAGAGUUAGCAUUUGGCAAGUUGACAGAGUUGCGCUCCGAUGAUGUGAACACCGCCGCGGCAGCCGAAGAGUCCUUUUAACGUUAGAACCUGGAACCCGUCGGUACCAUGAAAUUCUUCAUUGUUUCCAUAUUCAAAUUGUAAAUCACACGGAGGUCCUUACUGGAUCGUGACGCCUGGUUUGUCAGUGUUAUCUGUGGAAGAGCUGUAACCCUGCUACAGACUGCA